UUGUCCCACAGUUUAGUUCAAUAAGUUUUAAGUGCCUAACAUCAUUCUUGGUGAAUAAUGCUGGACCACUCUGAGAAUUUGUGGCUGAGAGCUGGACCCUCGUCAUCAGCACGCACUUUGUCACUGAGACAGGGUAACCCAUGGUUACUGAGCUCAGAUCAGUUAAGGGGCAGAGAGCCUCCCCUCCUCACUGCUCUAUAAAAGAGACCCAGCAAAGGGACCCUACCAGCUUCUAGCUCUCAGCCUGGGCGUAGUUUUGGGAAGCAAAUCCUGAGACCUCCAGAGCCCAGCCGACCAGCUGCAGAGGCAAGACCGGCAUGUCGCCUUCCUUCAAACUUCAGUGUCACUUCAUUCUCAUCUUGAUGGCUCUAAGAGGGGAGAGCCGGUACCUAGAGCUGCGGGAAGCUGCGGACCACGACCCUCUCCGGUUCCUGGGCGCCAACCUGAAGCGGGAGCUGGCGGGGGAGCCGCUGUACCGCCGCGCGCUGCGGUGCCUGGACAUGCUGAGCCUCCCGGGCCAGUUCACCUUCACCGCCGACCGGCCGCAGCUGCACUGCGCCGCCUUCCUCAUCGGCGAGCCCGAAGAGUUCGUCACCAUCCACUACGACCUGGUCUCCAUCGACUGCCAGGGCGGCGACUUCCUGAAGGUAUUUGAUGGUUGGAUUCUCAAGGGGGAGAAGUUCCCCAGUUCCCAGGAUCAUCCUCUCCCCACAACUGAGCGGUACAUAGAUUUCUGUGACAGUGGUCUUAGCCGAAGGAGCAUCAGAUCCUCCCAGAAUGUGGCCAUGAUCUUCUUCCGGGUUCGUCAACCAGGAAACGGAUUUACAGUAACCAUAAAGACAGAUCCCAACCUCUUUCCCUGCAAUGUCAUUUCCCAGACCCCAAAUGGAAGGUUUACCCUGGUAGUCCCGCACCUGCAUCGAAACUGCAGCUUCUCCAUAAUUUAUCCUGUGGUGAUCAAAAUAUCUGAUCUCACCCUGGGACACUUACAUGGUUUGCAGUCAAAGAACCCCUCAGCAGGUUGUGGGGGAAUAGGAGACUUUGUGGAGCUGUUGGGAGGAACUGGACUGGACCCUUCCAAGAUGAUGCCUUUGGCUGACCUCUGCUAUUCCUUUCACGGCCCUGCCCAGAUGAAAAUUGGCUGUGACAACACGGUGGUGCGCAUGGUCUCUAGCGGAAAGCACGUAAAUCGUGUGACUUUUGAGUACCGCCAGCUGGAACCAUACGAACUGGAAAACCCAAAUGGAAACAGUAUCCAAGAAAUCUGUUUGUCUACUCUUUGAAUAACCAACCCCAUGAUGUACAUGCUGCUAGCUAAGUGAGUUUUUAAUGGCUGUUAUAUAUGAUUUUGAUGACCAGCAAGGUAAGAGCCUUUCGAAUCAGUCAGUAUUCCCAGGCUUGGACACACAUUACACAUACACACACACACAUAUGUAGACACACACGUGGGCGUGCAAGCGUGCAUUUAUUUUUGUACCUUGCUUCUUUUUCAUUUGUAAUGUAUAGACGACCACGUGGCAGCAGAUAAACCCUCCUUUGCCUUUGGUAGGAAAACAGUUUUCUAUAAUUCUUUGGUAUGCUACAAACCUGCCCUGAUAAGGCAAGUGCAGAGCAAUGGGCACUAAAAAAUUGUAUCUCAAGGGAAAAUACGACAAAGAAAUUAAAAUGGCGGUGUUCAGAUUCGUCUUAGAACAGAAAGCAAUUAAAUGUCUGUAUACCAAAGUAGUUGUAUCUGUGUAUUUUCUGUAUAUUAUUCUGUUUACAAUAGAUAGUAGUCGUAGCUGUUGUUUAUUGAUUUGUAAUGUCUUGUUGCUAACAAAACUCUGGAGCAUGGAAAAAAAUUUUCCAUCCACAAAUACAAACAUGAAUAAAUAAAUACAUCAGAAUGUUGGCGCCUUGA